AAAAAAAAUUCUACAUCAUCACCAUAUUAUUACUCAAAAUACAAUGUCUAUGGCAGAGAUUUUCGAGAGAGUUGACAAAAACAAAGAUGGGAAAAUUUCAUGGGAUGAAUUUGCGGAGGCAAUUCGCGUUUUUUCUCCUAAAAUAACAGCUGAAGAAAUUGAUAAGAUGUUCAUCGUUCUUGAUGUCGAUGGUGACGGUCUGAUAGAUGCUGUGGAGUUUGCUUCGUGUUUCAUGGUUAAUGAGGGAGGAGAAAAAGAUGAUGAAGAUGUUGUUAUGAAAGAAGCUUUCGAUUUGUACGAUAUCGAUGGUGAUGGAAAAAUCUCGGCGAGUGAGAUUCAUGUGGUAUUGAAGCGACUUGGAGAGAAGCAUACAAUGGAGGAAUGCGUUGCGAUGGUUCAAGCCGUUGAUAAAGACGGUGAUGGUUUUGUUAGCUUCGAAGAGUUUAAGGUUAUGAUGAACUCUAAGAAAGAGUCACUAUGAUCUUAUUCAAAAUUUUAGUAGUUUAAUUGUCUUUUGGUGUUGUUUUGCUUUUUAGUUUAUGAAUUAGGUUUUGAUGAUCACGCUUUUCCCAUAUUUUCAAUGCAUUAUCUUGUUUUAGGAUUUGUGUUAAUCUCUUCUAACAAAAAAAGAUUCUUUGA